GAAAACUGUAGUCAGAUGCAGUGAAUUGAAACAUGAAUCGUCAAGGUUGCAAUGGGAGAGACGAAGCAGAACAUACACCUGUCGUUUCGUUUUCUGCACUGGUAGAAGGAAAGAGAAAAAAAUGUGCGAGCCUGAAUCUGCGUUGCUGCCCUCGGACACAACGUCAUCUGCAGCGGACACAACGUCAUGUCCAUCGCCGUCACGCCAGCGACGUCAUCCAGGAGGUUUGUUUUACGCCAUCAUCACUGUAUCGCUCACUGGAAACAUUCUACUGGUUGUCGUGGUUACCGCCCAAACACUAAGGACGUCUCGUGACUCUCUUAAGAACAGUGCAGGGGGAUUCUCACAUUCGCUUAGCCACGUGGACACAGCCGAAGUCUGUUUCACCUGUGAUCAACUGGGUCCGCUGAUCGAAUCCAAAGACACUCUCUAUGGCGUCAUACGACUCUCUUCUGGACACACGUUUUGUUGUCAGAGACAGAAUAAUGGCAUCACCAAGGUUUUCAAAAAGAUCGUAUCGGACGAAUAUCUAAGGCGACUUACAGGACGGGAGCCAUCAGAUAGGGGCUGCGAGGACACGGGCUGGAUAUCAACAGAGGAUCAACAGGGGCUCACCUUUAUAUGGUUCCUCAAGAAGAUUCACCGCCAUCAUGGACAAGACGCGAUAUCUACAACACAUCGUUUUGCGCAAACGUUGUGUGUGAUAAUGGAAAUAUUGUCGUCCCAGCAGCUGGUACCUAUCUGGUGUACUCCCAUAUCACGUUCAACACACCACCAGCCUCUGAGGACACCUUCAUGCACGUCAUACAACGAUGGAACCGGAACUUGCCAGGCCUGGGGCAGAAACCCGUGCUGUUCAGUAAAACAUCGCUCACAUGGACAGCAGCUCCGCAGCAAACAUCUUUUCUGUCCGCCAUUGUGAAACUCCGCAGAGAAGACCACGUCCGGGUUACCAUGUCAGAGAACGUUUAUGAUGUGGUUGAGAUGAGGACGCUUUCAAAUUAUUUCGGUGUGAUUAAAAUGUAAAUUUGUGUCUAACAUUGUGAGAGCUGGCGAUAGGGUGAUGAGUAUGAAUUAUUAUCUGUGUGUAUUCCACUCUCUGAGAAAAGACACCUACAGCUAACACACACUGUUGACUGAGACACUACAGAAAUAGUUGCACGAUGUUACACGUAUUCAUCUAUCUGUAUGGAACCAUCAUAACUACAUAAUAAGAACGAUUAACAAAAUAUAAUAGUCAA